AUGGCCCCGCCGCGACAUCGGGAUGUUCGUGAAGGGUCUUUUCAAGGACGAAUAUUGUUUUCCUUACCGGAAGACAUGCUACAAGAUGUGCAGUCUGUUCGUAUUUUUGAACGUUUAUUCCUCUCUCUGUUGUGCAAGCCCAUACUGUUGAAUGAAGGUACUACUCGUAUAACAACAGUAAUCUCGGAUGCCUUGACCGAAAUCGACGUGCUUGUUUAUCGUCAAUAUCACAAGUUUUGGUCAAAUUUCUCAACAGAUUUUCACGAAUCACCGUCUGAAAGCACCAAGUUUGACGGACGAGAACCUGUGAAAGCCAGAUUAUUUGUCAAGUUACGUCCCAAAUAUCUUAUUCAACACUCCUCUGCUGUACACGUGGCUGCAGCAAAACGGCUAACGAAGUUACUGCCGAUUGAACUAUCCUCGCAAUCGUCCCUGGAGAUAAACUUGAUGCUAAGUAAUGAAGUUCUGUUUCUGGGGUUACCUUUGAACAGGUCCAUCAAACAGACUGUUCAUCCUCAUUAUGGACUUAGACACACUACAGCGGCUGCGAUCAUUCGAAAUCUUAAGAGUGGCGUGAUUUUAGACCCCAUGUGUGGAGCCGGGGUUCUCUUAUGUGAGGCUGCUAUUCGGAUGGACUCUCGUACUGCGCGCCUCGAACACUGUGCGUUCUUGUCUCGUUCUUCACUAUUCCUGGUCGGGAUUGAUUGCUGUGAAGACCAACUGGAUCGUGCCCGGAAAAAUCUGUUGCACACAGAAACGCAACUGGUCCGGUCCCAUUCGUAUUGGGAUCUUGUUUGUUGUUCUGCCGAAAAUCUACCGUUCCGCCCCGGUGUGUUCGAUGCUGUCGUUUGCGACCUGCCAUUUGGCCAAAAACAUGGUGCUGUUGACCGAAACUUAGUGAGUUUUGAACGCGAAAAGUUGGAGAAACUGUAUGAACACGUGUUGAGCAGCAUACCGCGUAUUCUUCAACCUGAGGGUCAGUAUGCUUUACUGGUUGGAUCCUCACUGGCCCAAUUCACCCGAACACUGCUUCACAAUUUGCAUUGUUCAAUAGACAUGGACGAGUCUAUUUCCCUGGGUCUCACUGAGGCGCGAUUACUCAGUGGUGUAUUGGAAUCGGGAGAUUGA